CAUUCAGAAGAAAACGAGCGAAAGAUUGAAAGGUUAAGUGGCCUACCGAUUGUUCUGGUGAAACAAAUCUCGUCUUAAAUACCUUGGAGGAACUAAACUUUUGAUUUAAAUAAAGUGAAGUUGAUGCGUAAGAAAGAUGUACAUACCGUAUGGUCAAGAAGCUUUGAUUCCAUUGGAAUGGACGAAGCAAAUCGCCAUCGCUAUUAUGGCUGUGAUAGGAGUAAGUGUUGCCAUUAACCUGUCAGCAAUUUGGUGCAUUUACAACAGAAGAAAUAUGCGAAGCUCGAGUACCGCCAUUAUGGUUGCCAAUCUAGCCUGUGUGGACAUCCUGGUUACAUUCAAGGAUUUGCCUAUGUUUUAUCAGGUCAGUCUAACAGGCAAAUGGGCUUUCGAAGAGAGCUGGUGUUCUACUUACGGUUUAACAAAUGUAAUCUUCAUCAUCGUUUCCGUAUCGACACUCGUAACGAUAACAACUGAACGAUUUGCGAAAUUAAAGGAAUUAGCCAUGCCGAAAUUGUAUAAUCAAACGGCCGGCCAACGACCCGUUGUUCUUGGUUAUGUGAUUGCUCAUACGACGUUGUCGUACAGUUUAUCGCUUUUGUGGAGUAAAUACGUGUUCGUGACUCGAAAAGCAUUUUGUCGUGUGGAAUGGCCACCUCGUCGAGGUUUCAGCUUGACAUUUUUAUCAUCUUUUAUUUUUAUUGUGCCAGUAUCAUUCCUUAUUUACAACUUGCUUUUCAAAAAUGUCUUUAAAGAGGAAAACGGCUCAGAAAAAUCCAACCCUGACUGCGCUUCUGAUGACAUUGGAAAAAUGUAUGAAGCAAAAGCACAGCACCAGCUUCAUAUUACAGCGUGCAUAUUUCUUUUAUCUUGGACUCCGUAUGUGGCAGAGAGCGUUAUAUCUGGUUAUAUGCCAGUAACUCCUUUGGCUGGAAUCAUAACUGCUUGCAUACCGCUUCUCACAACUUCAUUGCUGCCGUUUAUUUACGUUCAUUUUUUCCGCAUCGAGCCUGUAGCAAUCACACCGCCUAAAUACUCCGAUGUUAUUGUUCAAUGAGUAGAACCUGUAGGGAUGAUACCUAACUUCUAUCAAGAACCAAGUAAUGGCGUUUUAACUGCUAAUUAAAAAAGAAAAUGUUACAGACAGUAUUAUAAAGGAAGAUUAAUCUUCGUUUCAAAAUUGCGAAAAAUAUGCUUUAUUUUUUUUUUUUGUAAAUAUUUAUUAUAGCAUAUACUUUGGGAAAUGAUAUCAACAUCGUUAUUCGACUA